UGCAAACGCGAAAUUGACGACCUGCACCGAACGCUAUCAUGCACUCCGUUCAAUUUAAGUGCUUUUUAUUUCUUACCUUUGUUUUACCAGCCUGUAGCCAAGUAUAAUUGGUUAAACUCAGCUCUCCGCCGCCAUAGAUUUUCGUUGGCGACGCUGGUUAAAUUUCAUUGUUUAUGAAAGGUGGUCGUUGUGUGUGCGAGUCAGUGGACUCUAGUUGGAAAUCCGGAACCCACCACGAGCGACGCAAUGAAACCUGAUUGUGACGCUAAGAUGCAUCAGACAGGAUUCUGGUGCAUCCCUCCUCAACUGUUCUUGACCUGAAAAAUAGAUUCCACAAAGCGUGUCCUGCCAGAUACCCAUCUAGAACUGGACUGCGGAUGAGCGUCAACGGCCCCCUCCUCAGGGACCAUUGUGACCUGAGGUCCGUCGCCACCUCCCCCCUGCUCUCGGUGUACUCUGAAGAUCUGGGCCGCCAGGUUGGCUGGAACACGGUCUUUCUUGCGCAGUAUGUGGGGCCUCUGCUAAUAUAUCUGGUGUUUUACCUCCGACUGGCGAGCGUGUACGACGAUGCGACCAAAAGACGGCGCCACCAGGUGGUGGACUUGGCCUGCUUCUGCCAUUCUUUGCACUACAUGAAACACCUGCUGGAAACCCUGUUUGUUCAUAGUGUCUCUGACGGAUGCACACCACUGGGAAGCCUGCUCAAGGUUUGUGCCUUCUACUGGGGCUUCACCUGUUGGCUGGGAUACUACAUCAACCACCCUUUGUACACCCCUCCAUAUUAUUCCGGCAAGCAGGUGAUUCCUUCCCUGGUUUGUUUUUUGAUCUGCGAGUGCGGCAAUCUGUGCAUCAACAUCAGUCUGGCGAGACACAAACAGACACGUAAUGAACUAACACAUCCUACUUCUACCUCCAACCCCUUCACCUGGCUCUUCACGCUGGUCCACUGCCCCCAGUACACGUACGAGAUUGGCGCUUGGCUAGCGUUAUCCAUCAUGACACAAACUGUUCCAGUGGCGGUGUUCGCUGGUCUGCUGACUGUCCAGAUGCUUCUGUGGGCAAGGAGGAGGCAAGGUAGAUACCUACGGAAGGUGAAGAAUGCUAGAAGGUUCUGGAGAACAGCAGUUAUUCCCUUCCUCUUCUGACUAAAUGGGGUCAAAGGUCAAUUUAAGGAUACUGAUGUCAGUACAGUGUCUACACUGUGAGUGUGAUACCUUUUAAUGUAAUUGUUAUUGUAGUGUACACAGUGAGAGGGAUCUGAAGGUUGUGAGGACAAUGACAUGUUGAACACCUGAUAGUUCCAUGAGAGUUGGGGAACGGGGAGGGCAGGGAGGACUGGGUAGGAUGCAUGAAAGGAUUGUCUAGUUUAUUCUUUAAAUCUUCUUUAAAUCCUUUAAAAGUCUCACAGAACGAAGACUGACACAAAAAGUAUGCCUUUCUGUCUGUCUAUUAUGAAGAAAAGGAUCAUGCUGUCUAAGUGAAAUGACUGUUGUGUGUGCAAUUCAGAGUUCCUCGUCAAAGCUACACAUGUGAGUGACAACAAAGAUGGCAUGCAAUUUAAGACUCAUAGAAAAGGUGCAAAUAACAUCAGAAAAUAAAUAAAUAACGAGGCACUUCUAUAGCUGAGAGCAAAUACUAAAGACGAGCUGAACAGAUCAAACUGACGUUUAAACAGGGCCCAAUGAAUCUCUAAACAAAUGAAGCAAAUACUUUUGAAAUUAAACCCGGGAGUCGCUCUUUGUCUUUACAAUUUGUGUAAAUGUUUAAUCAUCUGUCUUGGCAUAAAGCAAUAUUCAGUACAAAUACGAUGUCUUUUUUUUAUCCACAUUUAACAAGAUAGAAAUGCACUGGCAUUGAGUGACAUACGAAAUUAUGCAUGCAUACAAAACUCAAGUUAUCCAUCAGUAGAGGAGUACCAAAUGGGCUCGUAGACCGACAUAGGCGUUGAAGGAUAUUGUCAGCAAAAAAAGACUCCCUCCCCCCCCCCCUCCAGAAAAGCAGCAUAACCAUUUGAAACAGUAAACAAAAACAUAUCCUUUUAACUUCUGCUAGGAGUUCCUGAGUCAGGUAUUGUGUUGUAGGCACAGCAGUAAAUAUACACAUUUUGGUAUUGCACAAAAUACAUGUUAAACGAAGAAGUGCAUAGACUUAACAUGAGGUUCCAAGACAUCAUUUGCAUAUCAUAAAUCUUUGCCUUUAUUGCUCAAAUAAUAAGUGCUGUGUUGUGCUUGAUUCCUUUGGGAUCCAUUUAAAUAGGCAUACAUUAAACACAACUGGCUGGUGAUCCCCACUUAAAAAAAAAUUAAUUCAUUUCUGGAUACAAGCAUGGAGUUCAGAUUGCACAUUACAUUAGAUGUUAAAAAAGCACGACUGCUGAAAUAUUUCUUAAAAGCUCAAGGUACAAGACAAAUUCAAUUGAGAUUUCAA